UCUCCAACACUGACCACUUACUGACGGCUGUCGCAUAAGUACCGACUGAUCACUGAUCAGAUUCAAUGAAAGACUUGUUCUAAUCUAAGGAUUCUUUUGGAACCUGGAACACAUACUUGGACUCUACUGGGAAUAUUAUCCAUUUACCGGAUCCUGCUAAUUGGAUAACUGUGUAGUGUGUGGGAAUUUGUGAGGGUGUGUGUGUCUCUUUGUGGACUCCCCACCGUGAAUUCAGGUUUAUUCCUUCGCUGGCCCAGUCUGGUCUUUGGACAUGGCGUCCCUCAGAAGUCUGAUACUUGCGCUGCUGCUGGCGCUGCUCUGCUCCUUCCACACCCCACUGGCUCCGCUUGCCAAGGCACAAGAUCUGCCAUUCCACUCUGAGCAAGGCCUGGUGGCUGAUGAUGAUGAUGAUGACGACGAUGAUGACGGCGAUGACGACGAUGAUGACGACGACGACGACGAUGAUGACGAUGAUGACGAUGAUGACGAUGAUGACGAUGAUGAUGAUGAUGACGAUGAUGAUGACGACGACGAUGAUGAUGACGACGAUGAUGACGACGACGAUGAUGACGAUGAUGAUGACGACGAUGAUGAUGAUGACGACGAUGAUGAUGACGAUGAUGAUGACGAUGAUGAUGACGAUGAUGAUGAUGACGAUGAUGAUGACGAUGAUGAUGACGACGACGAUGAUGACGAUGAUGACGAUGAUGAUGAUGACGACGAUGAUGAUGACGAUCAUGAAGAUGAUGAUGACAAAGAUGAUGAUGAUGAUGAUGACAAAGAUGACGACGAUGAUGAUGAUGACGACGAUGACGACGAUGACGACCAUGACGAUGAUGGAAAAUACAACAAGGGCUCCGUCUGCACGUAUUGUGAAUUCUGUGAGCACUGUGACAGCUGUGAAAAGUGUCCUUGUGAAGAAGGAGACACGUCUGAACACUGUGAUGACUGCAAGAUGUGCAGUUUCUGCCACGUGUGUCCAGCUUGUCAAACUCUUUGCCAGCCUGGGGGUUUCCUCGACAAGGUGACCGGGUCCAUCUACAAGACUGUUGCUGACGUCUUUGAGAAUGAUGACGAGGAUAACUGAGUGUCGUCUCGGCUAUUUUUGUUCUUUUUUUUGACAGCCUGACUUCUGUUUGCUUCCUGUCUACUGGGGUGUCCACAGUGCUUUUCUUAAUAAACAGCAACACUGAUGCUUUAAUACAAAACAAAUACCCUCUGUUGCAAUACCAUUAUCCAAUUCAAAGACAAAAACGUGUGGAAUAGAAAAUAUGACAUUAAUAUUUCUUGUUUUUAAAUAAUUUGACACUGUCUGACAUUAGAAAACAAGCCAGUGAGCAUUUGAGAAAUCAGGCUGAUCCAGUCAAACCUUUAUAUGCUCCAGUUUUUGUAUGAUUUGGUUUUCAAUGACAAUUUUGUCUCAGUCCUCUGACACUGUCUUGGUUAUGGUACAAUAUUAUGUGUAACAAACACGUUGCAUCUUGGGGUAUUAAUAAAGAUGUGGACGGAU